AUGGAGAUUCGAAGUUGUGAAGAGACUGAGACAGAGAUUCAAAAGACCCUGCAGGCUAAACUGGUGGCUACAUGUAUAACUGAAUUCAUGAAUGCAUCCAGUCAAGGACACUUAGAUGUUGUACACAGGUAUCUAAGCAAAGGAGGGAACCCUGACGCCCAUGAUGAGUUGAAUAGGACUGCCAUACAUCUGGCCUGUAUAGAGGGACACCCCCCUGUGGUCUCCAUGCUGUUGGGUCGAGGAGCAGAUAUCAACUUCCCAGACCGACUGGGCUCUGUGGCCAUACACUGGGCCUGCCGAGGGGGGAGUCUCAGCGUGGUACAAGCCCUCAAGAGCCACGGGGCCAACCUCAACGCCAGAGAUAAGCUCUGGAGUACUCCGCUACAUGUGGCGACCAGGACGGGCCACAGCGUCAUCGUGGAGUACCUGCUGUCCUGUGGAGCUGAAGUGAAUGCCACCGACUGGGAAGGAGACACCGCUCUGCACGAUGCUGUGAGACUGAACAGAUACAAGAUCGUGAAGACCCUCAUUCUGGCUGGAGCCGACGUAAACCAGCAGAAUCAUGAUGGGAUGACCGCGGUGCAGCAGUUUCUCCGUACCGUCUUUAUUCUAGAGAGCUUUUGUGUCUGGGAGUCCUAUGUGAUGCUGCUGUGA